AUGUCCACCAACUCCUCGUCGGAGUCGAAUCCUCCAAGUCCGCCGACUUCGCCUCGCCGUCCGGGAACUACAAGAUACUCCACUGUUCCGGUAAACCCCAGUCGACUGAGGAAUCACACUGCCAUAUCACCGGACGAGAUAUCAGGUCCCUCGGCGGAUCCUGACAGCCCGCUCCCUACCAGCGCCGACGGCAGCGGUGUAGGUAAAUUGACCGCAGAACCCGAUUCCAUUGCGACACAGGACUACGAGCCUACGGCAGACGACGAUGUGGGAGAAGGAACUGCUCUCCUUGAGACCUAUCACCACAGUCGCGUCUGUGGUCUGAAAAACUGCAACCAUGGCACAUUCUCGCCGAGAGCAAGAUCCCUACACAGCCGACAAAGCAGCCUGGAUAAUUAUCGCAGCUACGAGCCUAGCUUUGUUGACAGUCCUGGGGGCGAAGGUCCCAUCAGCUUUGUGCGAGGUAUCUUCACCUCGCCAAGUGAAGACGAUGGUAGUAAGAGCAUGACGACAAGCCAGAGACUUGCACGAGCUCAUGGUGUUCGGAAGCGAAAAUGGAUGUACCUCUCGUACUACUUUCCUUUCAUCAGGUGGAUCACCCAGUACCAGUGGGCCUGGUUCCAGGGCGAUCUUAUAGCGGCGCUCACUAUGGCGUCCUUCUACAUUCCCAUGUCACUCUCAUACGCCUCGAAUCUUGGCCACAUCCCUCCCAUAAACGGCAUGUAUGCGUUCGUCUUCAAUCCGUUGAUCUAUGCCUUCCUUGGAUCCUGUCCGCAGAUGGUAGUGGGGCCUGAAGCACCUGGGUCUUUGCUGGUUGGAACUGUGGUCCGCACAUGCAUCGAUCAAAGCGGCUCAAGCGAUGACAACAACAUUUUGAAUGCCGAGGUCGCGGGAGUCGUGACAACUAUCGCAGGAGCCGUGAUAUUCAUUGCUGGACUUGCGCGGCUUGGCUUUCUUGAUAGCGUGCUGAGCCGACCCUUUCUGCGCGGGUUCAUCAGCGCAAUCGGCGUGGUCAUCUUGGUUGAUCAAGCCCUUCCGGAGCUGGGAUUGACGAAGCUUGCGGACAAGGAAGUCUCACACAGCAGCACUGUUCAGAAGUUCGUCUUUCUGGUACAGAACAUCAACAAAUCCCACGGCCUGACCGCGGCGGUAUCCCUGUCAAGCUUCGUGAUCAUCAUGGUUUUCAGAGAGCUGAAGAAGCGCUUGCAGCCUCGAUACCCAAGAGUGGCGUAUAUCCCUGAUCGAUUUGUUGUGGUCGCUGCAUCUGCUGUGCUCACGUGGAAAUUCGGCUGGGAUAAGCAAGGCCUUGAAGUUCUAGGCACUGUCAAAUCGUCCGGCGGGCCAGGUAUUCCAUUUCAUUGGCCGUUCCAAAUCAAGCACAUGAAGCAUAUCGACACCGCACUGAGCACAGCCUUUUUGAUUGCUUUGCUAGGCUUCUUCGAGUCUACAGUCGCGGCGAAAAGUCUUGGAGACGGAACAACCGGCUUACGGGGCAUGAACAUCAGUGCGAACCGGGAACUUGUUGCGCUUGGAACUGCCAACUUGAUCGGAGGCUGUUUCAUGGCGCUGCCUGCCUUUGGAGGGUAUGGCCGGAGCAAGGUCAAUGCUUCCACAGGAGGCACAACUCCGAUGAGCAGCAUCAUGCUCAGCUUAAUCACUCUGAUUUGUGUCUUCUACGUAGUGCCAUGGUUCUACUACCUUCCCAAAGGUGUACUGUCAGCCAUGGUCUCCGUGGUCGCAUAUUCGCUGGUCGAGGAAUGCCCGCACGAUAUCAAGUUCUUUGUGAAGAUCAGGGGUUGGACUGAGCUGAGCUUGAUGGCUAUCAUCUUCUUCGCUACUAUCUUCUACAAUCUGUCGACCGGUAUCGCUCUUGGUAUUGGGCUGUCGCUCCUUCAACUCAUCCGUCACGCUACAAAACCUCGGAUACAAAUUCUGGGUAAGAUCUCGGGUACCACGAACCAGUUCGAGAAUGCGGAAAACUUUCCAGACUCCAUCGAAUAUGUCGAGGGCUGCCUGAUCGUCAAAAUUCCCGAGCCGCUGACCUUCGCCAAUACGGGCGAGCUCAAGAAUCGAUUGAGGCGUCUCGAAAAAUAUGGUACAGAGAAGGCGCAUCCGUCCCUGCCUCGACUUCGUCAGGAGGAGAGCAAUAAGAACAUAAUUUUCGACGUUCACGGUGUCACGAGUAUAGACGGCUCGGGCACACAGGUGCUAUUGGAGAUUGUAGAGAAUUACGUUAAGCGAGGGGCAAAAGUCAUCUUCUGCAGACUACCGAAAAGAAGGAGUAAGGUAUUCGCAGCCUUUGAGAGAAGCGGGAUCAUGGAGAUAUGCGGUGGGGAGAGACACUUUGUAGCCAGUGUGGACGAAGCCCUGAAGUUGUCGGAAAUCGAAGAUUUGGAGCAGUACUUUGACGAACGAGGCGCUGGGCACCAAGAAAGGGACACUUCAUGGUAG